AUGACCUCUGAUGAUCUCGUACGCUUCUUCCUUCGACCGGGACUUGACACGUGGGAAAAGACUAGGGUGGAUGUGCAGGACGGGGGCGGGAUCAAUUCGGACCUCUCUCCAGCUCUUGGGGCGUCGGCUGUCUCGGUGCUUAACAAGCAGAUGCGCAGCACGGAUCUUGCCCUCGGGGACGCCAACUACUGCGCCGGAACGCGAGGUGGCGCUGUGGUGGGCAGCCAUGUAGUGCUUGAGCUUUUCGGUGUCGGUACCUGA